CGAAUUUCGCAAAAUUGAUUCCCUUCUUGUUUGAUCCCGAUCGCGACCUCAUCAACAACCACCGGCCUUUCGACAAAUUCUUUAGCCGGCCAUGAAGCUUAACAUCUCAUACCCUGCCAAUGGCAGCCAGAAGAUGGUCGAGAUCGACGACGAGCGCAGACUCCGUGUCUUCAUGGAGAAGCGUAUGGGCGCUGAGGUUCCCGGAGACUCCGUCGGAGAUGAGUUCAAGGGCUACAUCUUCAAGAUCACCGGAGGCAACGACAAGCAGGGUUUCCCCAUGAAGCAGGGUGUCAUGCACCCAACCCGUGUCCGCCUUCUCCUCUCCGAUGGACACUCUUGCUACCGCCCCCGCCGUACCGGUGAGCGCAAGCGCAAGUCCGUCCGCGGUUGCAUCGUCGCCAUGGAUCUUUCCGUCCUUGCUCUCUCCAUCGUCAAGCAGGGCGAUGCCGACAUCCCAGGCGUCACCGACACCGUCCACCCCAAGCGUCUUGGCCCCAAGCGCGCCACCAAGAUCCGCAAGUUCUUCGGCCUCACCAAGGAUGAUGAUGUCCGCAAGUUCGUCAUUCGCCGCGAGGUCCAACCUAAGGGCGAGGGCAAGAAGGCAUACACCAAGGCACCAAAGAUCCAGCGCCUGGUUACCCCACAACGCCUCCAGCACAAGCGUCACCGCAUUGCGCUCAAGCGCCGCAACUCCGAGAGGACCAAGGAUGCUGCUUCUGAGUACGCCGCCAUCCUCGCCAAGCGUGUCCACGACGUCAAGGCCGAGAAGGCCGAUCUCCGCAAGCGUCGCGCUUCGUCCAUGCGCACUGCCACCAAGGCUUAGAUUGCGUAUGGCUGGGAGAAGGGCAGGAAUGGGCGGGAAUGAGCUAUUUGAAAGAAAGUCCUAUGUAUACAUCAGUCGCCUUGGGCUACUGUGUACCGAGGAUGCCGGCAUGUAGGGUCUAGAUAUUCAUGGCAUACAUUUCAGCAAAAGGCGUCUUAUUCGAUGAUAUCAAUCUGGCUUCUUGGCGUGAGAGAAAAAAUGAGCAUUGGCAU